CGUUCGUGCCGAUCCGAGCAGACGAUCACUCAUGAGGCCAGGUGGGAUGGAUCUCGCGCUUAGAUGACCAGAACCGUUUUGGCAGUUUCCUAGUUCGGUCGUUUGUGUGGUGUACGCUCGGUUGUAAUCAACCAUGAACAAGUUUUGCAUUGUGAUACUGUGCUUUGCCGCACUUUUAAUUUUUGACGCAACAGCCCAAUACGAUGUCCACGGCCCAUUUCAAGGCCAACGCCAAAAUGAGUUUGACCUGAAGUUCGUCAAGGAAAUCUUCAAAAACCAUAACUCCAACGUAAUCCUCUCACCAUUUUCGGUAAAAAUUUUGCUUACCCUUAUCUACGAGGCGUCCGACACUAGCUUCGGUAAUUCCGUAUCUGCCACCAAGCGCGAACUUAGCAGCGUCAUUGUGAAUGACAACAUUGAACAGACGCGUGGUUACUAUAAGCAGCUGCUCGAAUCUGCCCAGCAGGAUAACAAAGACUUUGACCUGAACAUCGCUACCAACUUCUUCGUUGACGAUUUCAUUGAGGUGAUCAAUAAGUACCAACAAAUCGCGAACACACAUUACCAUGCGAUGCUCGAGAAGGUGUCCUACUCGGACCCAACGCAAGCCGCGGCCACCAUCAACAACUGGGUGUCGCAAAACACGAACGGCCGGCUACGAGAGAUUGUGACCCCAGAUGGCGUAGAGGGUGCCGUCAUUACCCUGGUCAACGUCAUUUACUUCAAGGGUCUGUGGACGUAUCCAUUCCCGGAGGUGGUAAACAACGUCAAGCCAUUCUAUAGCUCUACUGGCAAGCCCACCAACGCUCAGUACAUGGAGCAGAAUGGACAGUUCUACUAUGAUAAUUCGGCCGAUCUCGGAGCUCAGAUUCUCCGCUUGCCAUACCGUGGUGAUAAGCUCGCGAUGUACUUUAUCCUGCCGAAUCCGGAUAACUCCAUUAGCAAGGUGCUGGAUCGCAUCAACAGUGGUUCACUGCACCAGGCACUCUGGUACAUGGAGGAAAACGAGGUGAACGUGACCAUUCCCAAGUUUAAGUUUGACUUUAGCGAACAACUGAACGAACCGCUGCAACAGGUUGGCAUUCGUGAAAUCUUCUCUCAAAAUGCAUCCCUACCGCUUUUGGCCCGUGGACGUGGAGCCCGUGAUGAGGUGCGAGUUUCGAGAAUCUUCCAGAAGGCCGGUAUCACCAUUAACGAGCUUGGCAGUGAGGCGUAUGCCGCUACUGAAAUUCAACUGGUCAACAAGUUCGGCGGAGAUGGUGUUCAAAUCUUCACUGCAAAUCGGCCGUUCAUUUUCUUCAUUGAGGAUGAAACCCAAGGUACAAUGUUGUUUGCCGGUAAGAUUGAAAAUCCCGUCUUUUAACGUGUUCGCAAUGAUUGACAAUGGUCGCGUAAAGCGUUCCUAAAACCACACGUUCCGAUGUAAUCGAUCGUUUUAAUAAUAAUACCAUCAAUAAAAAAUUGCUGCCUCUAAUAAUUUGAGGAUCACUAAUUGAAAA